AUGGAGAGUAUUCUUGAUCAACUCGUCGCAGCACUGUACAAAGCUCCUCUAUCAUCUGAUGUUCUUUCUCAAAUAGUGACUUUACUUCAACAACAAACUGAUCAAUCCGCAUCCAGUUUUGUUUCCAGCACACAUCCAUCGUUACUUAUUCUCGAACGAUGGACAUGGGAACUAUUUAGCCAAGAGUCUCAUGGAUGGAUUCACGAAACAUCCUACCAACAACUUUUGCAAACUCUUGCGACAUUCAAUGAGAAGCUAAUUUUUAACUGCCGUGAUAUCGACAUAGAGACGAAGGGAUCUCUUCUAUUCUCUGUAACGAUUGAGCAAAUCAACAAUGUCUUCUUGUACAUUGAUCGGUGCAUCGAUGAUGAUGAUCCAUUUAUUGCCUACAUUAUUCUAUGGCUCGAUAAUCAUUCACAUUUUCUCUUUGAUAAUCUGCAAUACGCCUCACCUGUGAUUGGCUAUAUCGGUCAAUAUAUUUUAAAUAACUAUAUUAUGAGCAAAGAAUACAAAAUAUAUUUGACUCAACUUCGGCAACCACAUUUAUCACAUACAAUAUUUACAGCGAAGUUUUGUUUCUACGUUGCAACGUGUUCAUCUUUUUUCAGUUCAUUUAUCAUGUGUGAAAUCAACCAUUUAUCGUAUACGGCUGAUGAAAUUAUUCAAUAUUUAUCCGACGAUUAUCUAGAAAUAAUUCAUAUUCAUAGUUAUACUGUUGCAUCUUGGAGUAAAGAUCUACUUCGUUGCAUUACACAACUUAUAGGUGUAACUUCUGGAUGUUGUUGGUGGAAUGGUGAGGAGAAAACUCACAUGGAGAUAAUUUUUCGCACAGAAAAAAUCGCCUUCGAUCACGUUGAAGAUCUCAUGCGUAUUAUAUCUUAUGAGCCAAUUUACAAACAGAUUAAAAAAGAUCGCUCGAACGAUGAAACAAUUCUAGUGGGUUGCAUUUUAACAAUGUUUAUGUUAAUAGUACGAAUGAAAAAUAUGCAUUUGCUUUCUCAUUUAAACGCCACAAUACGAAAUACUAUUCUAUCCAUUAUUGAAACUGUUAAUAAUGAUGAACUAGCUUUAUGUGGAUAUGGUGUACUAAGUGAAGUUCUGACUGACGAGGAAUUGAAAGAUUUGAAAAUGGCAGAUAAUAUUUGUAAUUAUUUCCUUCAAAUGCUUGAAGAUGCUUGGAAUCUAACAAAGAAAAAGUAUAAACAAAUACCAAUGGUAUUGCUACUCAAAGGUUUGCAAACAUUAUCAAAAAACGAUUCGAUGCAACAAAAGAUCGCUGUUUCAAAUAAAAUAUAUUUACUUAUCCAGAUGUGCAAUGAAUAUCCAAUUGUAUACGAUAUCAUAUGGGCCUUUUCAUUCAAUACAGACAUUAGACAACAACUGCGUUCUAAUUCACCAUUUAUAUGUAAACUCACUCAACUAUCUCGACAACCAGACAAUGAACAAAUGAGUAAAACAAUCGAUGGAAUUCUAUGGAAUCUUGAUAUCAAUCACGAAAAUCGUUCAAUGACAGAUAAACACAAUACGAAAGAAUUCGAUAUAAUGAUUAGUUACUCGCAUAAAGAAAAAGUUCUGUGUAAACAAAUCUAUGAUGAAUUGAUUAAAGCUGGUUAUCGAGUUUGGAUUGAUUUCGAUCAAAUGCAUGGAAAUGUGAUGGAUGCGAUGGCACAAGCCAUUGAACAGUCGAAUACAGUUAUUAUGUGUAUGAGUGAAC